UCAAAUGUUUAUAACCGUUUUUUUUAUUCUACAAUUUACAAUUUACCCUUAAGGUUUAGUGAUGACCCAAUGGUUGAUUAAGAAGAUUAAUUAGCAUCUUGUCUUUCCCUCUUCAAUCCUCUACUUCUCAUAAAACCGGAAGGUUAUUAUUGUUGUACUGACCAAAGGGUCAAAACUAAAGCGCCAUUAUCAUUAUGCUUUUACAUCUUUAUUAUUAUGGCUAUCGUUUUCAACUUUUUUUUGACAACUUUCCAUCUUAUAUUUCAUUCAAUCUGGAUAUCUGGUUCAAUCUUCAGCCAAACUGUGAGUCAGAUUCAUUGUGCUUUAUGAGCAAACUGACGCAAAAAAACUGUUUUAACUUAAAGUUAUUUUCAUUUUUGGCUAUUCAUCAACAACUACAGUUUGGAUCCAGGUUUUACAACCCUUCAGGCCAUUCUUAACGCUCAUGAUGAUGAUGAUUUUAACCAGUUUUGAAACCGUUAGAUGAAACAAGUUGAAAGUGAUCGUGUUUAAGGGUGAAAUAAAUUAGAGAUGAAAGUUAAUUUUUGCCAGGAAGAGAAAGUAACGUUUAAAUUCAUGAUACAUUUGCUGUUGGUAAUGUUGAUGUUGCUGAUGAUGCUGAUGAUGAUUAAAUAACUGUAGAUGCUUUUUCAUCAUCACAAAUGCUGACCGUGAUUAAGGUAAUACAUAAAAUGAAUGAUAUUAAAAAAGCAGGACGAUAUAAGAGGAAGUUGCGAGAUGCCAGUUGGCUUACAUACAUCGGAGGUUCAAAUGAAAUGUUUGCGUUUUUUUCCUCGAUUAUUUGGCUUUUCUGGUUAGCUGGUUGAUUUGAUCAAUUUACCACCAAGAACGGGUAAACUUAAAGAUAUUAGUAAAUUUGAUGCUGAAAUGUUCAACAUUGAUCCUUCCUUGGCUCAUGAUAUGGAUCCACAAAUGCGUCUCCUCCAUGAAGUUGUUUAUGAGGCUCUUUGGGAUGCAGGUCAUGAUCCUAAUGAUUUAAGAGGAUCUCGAACUGGUUUCUUCUUGGGCUCAUGUUAUGACGAUACAUUGGCUGGUUAUCGUGAAGAUGAUUCAAAGUUACGACCCUAUCACUCAUUUGCCUCAAGAAUAUCAUAUGCUUAUGACUGGAAAGGCCCAGUUGUCCUGGUUGAUACAGCUUGUGCUUCUUCAUUUUCAGCUUUUGUCGAAGGAUUAGCAUCACUUAAAUCAGGAGCCUGUGAUCGAUGUAUUAUUGGCGGAGUUGCUGUUCAACUUCGACCAGCUAUUGCCAAUGCUUUCGCUCAAUUGAAAAUGUUGUCACCUGAUGGAUCAUCAAAGUGUCUUGAUGCAUCUGCUGAUGGGUAUUGUCGAUCAGAAGCUGUUGUUGCUCUCUUAUUGGAAAGAGAAUCAAUGGCUAAACGAAUCUAUGGUAAAAUACUUAAUUGCCGAACAAAUUGUGAUGGGUAUAAACAAGAGGGAAUCACUUUUCCCGGUUUCGAGACUCAGUACAAUCUUUUGAAAGAGGUUUACGAUGAGCUUGAUAUCUCGCCAGAAGAUAUUGAUUAUGUUGAAGCACACAUUACUGGAACUCAAGCUGGUGAUCCCGUUGAAUCGGCAGCAAUUGUUGGCUCAUUGAGACCCAAUAACUCAACUAAACCGAUUAUGUUUGGUUGUCUUAAAUCAUCAAUUGGUCAUUCUGAGGGUGCUUCGGCUCUUUGUUCAUUGGCAAAGGUCAGUAAAAUAAUGCAAGCGGGUUGCAUUCCUCCCAAUCUCAAUUACAAAUCACCCAAUCCAAACAUCAAACCCUUGGUUGAUGGAAUAAUUAAACCAGUUACAACUGUAACACCGUUUAAAGAUGAAUAUAUUGCUGUUAAUUCGUUUGGUUUUGGUGGAGUUAAUGUCCAUGCUGUUAUACAAGCAAAUCCUAAAAAUGUUAACCAAGAAAGUUACCACUUAACUCACCCAAUUGAUCGUUUAAUUAAUUCAUCCAACCGUUCAAUUGAAGGACUUAACGCUUUAUUCAAUUUCUUUGAAACUAACCGAUCAGAAGUCAAUCGCGAAUUACUCCAGCUGAUCAACGAUACUGCUAAAAUUAGUCCAGAACAAGGUUUUAAGGCUCGUGGCUAUGUCAUUUUAUCAGCUGAUGGAAUGGUCAAAAGAGUUGUCAAAAGUUCUCCAGAGUCAAAACCUCUUUAUUUGGCUUUUGGUUCAACUUUUGUUACUGAAUUGACUAAAGAACUGAUUGAAUUUCCUACUAUGCAAGCAUCUUUGGAAGAUUCAGUUAAGCUGUUGAGACAAGAAGUUGGUUAUAAUUUGGAGUCUCUAUUGUCAACCAACAAUAACGAAGAUUCACUUGGCAGAUCACUUAAAUCACUUUCCAUUCAAUUAGCUUUUGUUGAUCUACUCAAAAGUCUUGAUAUAAAUGCUCAAGGAGUAUUUGGAAUUGAUUAUAUUGGUGAACUUGCUGCUGCUUAUGCAGACCAAAUAAUCAAUAAAAAACAAGCUUUAUUAUCAGCAUAUUGGUUAUCUAAUCCCUCAUCGUCAACUAACCAAAAAACAAACGAACUGUCAACAAUUUUAAGCCCCCAAUAUGUUGGUAAACCACAAAAAUUGAUGCAACCUAAUGGUUCAACCGAGAUUACAGCAAAUUAUCUGAUUGCCCGAUCAUCAGUUACUGUAACUAAUGACUCAAUUGCUAAUUUAUUGAGUAAGGUACCAGAAAAUGGUGCAAUUGUCACACCAAGUAAAUCAUUUGAAUUCCAAUUAUCUCCAAAUCAAAUGACAAUUCCAAUUACCAAAUCAGGCUCUCAAAAUUCAACCCACUCAAUAUUGGAAGCCUUAGGGGAAAUUUAUACAACUGGACAAUGGCCAAGGAUUGAUCGUCUUUAUCCUUCAGUUUCCUAUCCAGUCCCUCGGGAAACACCACAUAUUGGUCACCUUCUUCGAUGGGAUCAUUCAAAAUCAUGGAAAGUUUGUAAAUAUCCAGAGUAUUUUGAUUUUAUUCAAUCAAAUAACAAUUAUUCAAUUGAAGCAAUGUCACCUGAUUGGGCUUUCAUGGAAGGCCAUUGUAUUGAUGGAAGGAUAUUGGUUCCAGCUACAUGUUAUCUUUACCUUGCUUGGCAUUACCUUGGUCGUCUUCAUGGUAUUUGCGGUAUUCGAGUUCCUGUUGAAUUUAGAAAUGUUCGUUUUAUUCAAGCUACCCUGUUGCCCAAAAAUGCAUCUGUUACUUUUGGUGUACACAUCAACUUGCAGACAAAUGCUUUCCAAGUAACUGACAACGAUGUCAUUGUUGUUAGUGGAGAAAUUAAAAUUCCUUCUGAAGAAAUUCCUCUCUAUCAAAGCAUGAUGAGCUCAAUUGCCUCUAAAAUAGAUCCAGAGGGAAAUAUUACUUUGAAAACUAAAGACAUUUACAAAGAAUUACGCCUUCGUGGUUACGAUUAUGGACCAACUUUCCAGGGUUUGGUUGAAGCAUCUUCUGAUGGUUCUCAUGGUUUAGUUAAAUACCUUGAUCAUUGGGUUUCCUUUUCUGAUGCUCUUCUUCAAUGUGCCAUUCUUGCCAAAAGACAUCGCUACCUUUAUUUGCCAACUUUCAUUGAAUAUCUUCGUGUUGAUCCAACUAUCUUAUUUGAUUCAAUCGAGGAAGCUCGAUCUAAGACUGGCGAGCCAUGUCUUGAUGUUUACUUUGACCAUCAAGCUAAAUUGGGCAUUACUUCAGGAAUUAUUUUGAAAGGAGCAAAAGCGACUGCAGUUUCAAGGCGACCAAACAACCAAUCAGUUCUCCUUGAAUCGUACGAUUUUGCACCCUUCAAUCAAUCUAUUCCUGCUAACUUGAAAAUGGAGAAAAAAAUUGGUCAUUACAUUGAUCUUUGUUCAACUGUUUUAAAUCAAUUAAACAAACCAUCUGAUGGUUCUUUCGAUGAUGCACCAGUUAAAAGAUAUCUUGAAACAUCUAAAGAUGAAGCUUCUCUUUUAAGAAGUCUUUAUGAAGCAUAUCAGUCUGAUGAAGAUCAAACUUCAGUUAGCAAAUUGUCUAAAUCUUUAGAUGCUAAUCGUGAACCAUUAUCUAGUGAUUUGUUGGUCUCACAAUCAACUUUAAAUGAAUUAAUUCAAGAUCAAGUUGGUUUGGUUGUUGAAAAUUUAACCUCAAAGAGUAUAAUCAUAACUGAAAUCAAUGAGACUUUUGCCCUUCUCGCUGAAUCAAUUUCUGAUUCUAUAUCUACAUUAGGAAUUCGUUCCAAAGUUAAUCUAGUUCACCCUGAGCCCGAAUCCUCAACUAUCUCCUCAUCACGAGCACGAAUCAUCAAAGGCUCAUUAAGCUCAGAGCAAUUACCAUCAGUUGAUACUUGUGAUUUGAUUAUUUAUAAAGAUGCCAGAGUUAGACCUUUGGUUGAGAAAGUCAAUUCCACUGAAUCCCUUCCAAUUAACAAAGUAAUAUCUUUCUGUUCAGAAAAUCUUCGACAGGGUGGAUUUGCAUUACUAUGUUUCCGUCUUAAUAAUUAUACAAUUGAAAAUGAAAUUUGCUCAUUCCUUGGCUUACCUCAAGUUAAUUUAUUUGUUGAUCAAAUAACAGAAGACAUGGCUACUUCGGCUGGUUUACAAGUCAUUUCAAAUAUUUACGGCUCUUCAGGACAAUUACAAUCCAUCUUACUUCGAAAAUUGCCAAAAGUAGCAAACUAUGAAACUUUGACCGUUUCAAAUAAUGACUUUAAGUGGGUUGAAACUUUGAAAACAAUGCUUCUCAGUGAAAUUGAGAAAAAGGUUUGGCUGGUUGCAGAUACUAAUGAGCCCAUUAACGGUAUCCUUGGUAUGGUUAAUUGUUUACGGCGAGAACCUCGAGGAGAUCAAAUAAGAUGUUUAUACAACAUAAGACAAUCAGAGGAAGACAACUCUUCACACUUAUCAGCUGAAGAAAUCUUAUCAAAACGUUUAAUUGAAACCGAUUUGGUUAUCAAUGUUAUUUACAAUGGUGAACUUGGAUCUUAUCGUCACCAUAUCAUCGAUCCAAGUGAAGAUCCAAUGACACAAGCAAAACACAUCUAUUUAGAUGUUAAAACUAAAGGUGAUUUGUCAUCCCUACGAUGGCAUCAAUCCAUUCAUGACAUUUGGAAGUCAGUACCUCCUCAUUUGGCCUCAAGAGGAACAGAUAUAGUUCAUAUCUAUUACUCAGCUCUUAACUUCAAAGAUAUCAUGGUUGCUACUGGACGUAUCCCUAUGGAUGCUUAUCCAGAAGAUUGUUUACAAGAUUGUAUUAUAGGAAUGGAAUACUCAGGUAUAUGUGAUAAAUCGGGUAAAAGAGUUGCUGGUAUGUGUAAUGCCAUGGGUACAGCAAGUUCAGUAUUAGCAAAUGAAAAGGAAACAUUUUCAUUUAACGUCCCUGACUCAUGGACCUUAGAACAGGCAGCCACUGUUCCAGUUGUAUAUACAACUGUUUAUUAUGCACUCUUUAUUCGAGGUAACCUUCGACCCGGUGAAAAAGUUUUGAUUCAUGCUGGAACUGGUGGAGUAGGUCAAGCAGCCAUCUCUGUCUGUUUAGCUCGUGGUUGUGAAGUUUUCACUACUGUUGGUACUCAAGCUAAACGAGAUUUCAUCAAGAAUCUGUUCCCACAAUUAGAUGAUGCACAUAUUGGUGAUUCUCGAUCAACAUCUUUUGAAGAAUUGAUCAUGAAGGAAACCAAUGGAACUGGUGUUGACAUUGUACUUAAUUCACUAUCUGAAGAUAAAUUUAAAGCUUCUGUCAGGUGUUUGGCUGAGUUUGGACGAUUCCUUGAGAUUGGAAAAUACGAUAUUAUCCAGAACAAUCCAUUAGAGGAAACCGUAUUGGAAGGUAACAGAACCUACAAUGGAGUCUGUGUUGCUCAUUUACAGCAAGAUAUUUUUGGAUAUAAAACCCAAUCAGGAAUAGCAAUGAAUGAAACAUUAGAUUAUAUGAUUCAGAGAGGUAUUGAAACUGGUGAAGUGAUUCCAUUAACAACAGUUGUUUUCCCAAUGGACCAAGCUGAAGAAGCUUUCCGUUUUAUGGCUAAUGGUAAACACAUGGGCAAAGUUUUGAUUAAAAUGAGAGAAGAAUCAGAAGAUGCUCGUACAUCAACUCGAUUAUACCCUUGUAUUGCUCGAACCUAUUUCCAACCAGACAAGUCAUACAUAAUUACAGGUGGUCUUGGAGGAGUUGGUUUAGAGUUAGCCAUUUGGAUGGUUGACAGAGGAGCAAUGAAUCUAGUACUAACAUCCCGUUCAGGUCCCAAGGAACCUUAUCAACAUUUUGUUCUUGAAAAACUUCGAUCUGAUAAAAACAGACGAAUCGUUGUUUCAACCAACAAUGGUUUAACUUAUGCAUCAGCUGCAGCAUUGAUUGAAGAGGCUUCUGAUUUAGCUCCAGUUGGUGGUAUUUUCCAUCUUGCUAUGGUCCUUGGUGAUGCCAUCUUUGAAAAUCAAUCAGAGGAAACCUUUGAAAAAGUCUGUGGACCCAAAAUAAAAGCAACACGUUAUUUAGAUUCACUUUCACGAGCAACCUGUCCACAUUUGGAUUAUUUUGUUUGCUUCUCAUCAGUUGCCGCAGGUAAAGGUAAUCCUGGUCAAACUAAUUAUGGUUUUGGUAAUUCGUUUAUGGAGCGUAUUUGUGAGGAUCGAAGAGCAUCUGGUUUCCCUGGAUUAGCUGUUCAAUGGGGAGCCAUUGGUGAUGUUGGUGUAGUUGCUGAAAACUUUGGUGGUAAUCAAGUUGUUCUUGGUGGAACAGUUCCUCAACGUAUUCCUUCUUGCCUUGAAGUUUUAGACAAAUUCAUGCAAUCAAAACACAAGGUAACUUCAUCAAUAGUCUUGGCUGAUGCUAAGAAGGUGACUGGCGCAUCUAAAGAGAAUUUAUUCAGAACAGUUUGUCACAUUAUUGGGGUUAAAGAUCCCGGUUCAUUGGAUCCAAAUGUAACCCUUUCUGAACUUGGUUUAGAUUCAUUGAUGGCUGUUGAAAUUAAACAAGGUCUAGAGCGUGAUUAUGAUACUAUUUUGUCUACUCAAGAAAUUCGUAAUCUCAAAGUAAAAGAAAUUCAAGAUUUGGAAGAAAGAAUCUCUAAAAUUAAGGUUUCUACAAAGGAAUCAGGAGACAAAUCUACAGGAGAAGCACCACUUUUUAACCUUAAGCCUCCUGAAUCACUAUUUUACAAUAUUGUUGAAUGUACUGGAGUACCAAUCUUUGUUUUCCCUCCAAUUGAAGGUGAUUUUAACCUUUUAGUACCAAUCUUAAAUGAACUUGAUCGACCGGUUCUUGGUAUUAAUUGGACCCGUGAUUUGGAUCAAUUUGAAACUUUAGAGCAAAUUGGGGCUUAUUAUUCAGCAAAGAUUAGAGAGAAAGCUCCAAAUCAAAUGGGCUUUGAUUUCAUUGGUUACUCUUUUGGUGGUUUGGUUGCCUUUGAAGUUGCAAUUCAACUACAACAAAUUAUGGGUAAAGAAUGUAUUCGUCAACUGAUUCUUCUAGAUUCAGCUCCUGAUUUCUUGAAGGCUGCAUGUUCCGAAUUGGUUAAACGAAAUCAAAUUGUCUCCGAAGAUGAGGCUCAUCUUGAUAUGUUAAUUUCUUUUGUCUCCUCGAUGUUUGCUUUUGAAAAUGUCCAAUCUUUCAGAGCCACUUUACUUAAUCUUCCAUCACGUGAAGAACGAACAAAGAAAAUUAAUGAUCUUAUCGAAAGUAAAACAGGAAUUACAAUUGAUCCAAGUUUACUUACUUAUGCAGCUAAUCAGUAUUUCAGGAAAAUGAAAAUGAUGUAUUACUAUAAAACUAAGAGGAAGCUUGCUGGUAACGUUACAGUCUAUAAAGCAACUGAUGGUUAUGGUAAAGCAUUUAAAGAAGCUAAUGAUCAAGAACUCGGAUUAUCGGAGAUUGUUGAAGGAGUCGUAACUAUUCAUCAUUUCUCUGGAGAUCAUAAAAGUUUCCUUACUGAACAUAGAAUAGAGAUUUUUGCUAAAAUCCAAGACGCUCUGCAUAUUGUCGUGGCUUGAUUACAAAAGAAAUGACCAACAAUUGUUUCAUAUUUCAUGUUAUUAGUUAUCAUAAAAAAUCAAAUCAUUAUUUUCUAUUCAAAUCAUUCUGUUGACUUUUUUCAAAAUUGUAUUGUUAAGAUUUCCUCAAUUUUUCAUGUCAUUAAAAUAUUAAUAAUCUAAUUAAGAUUAAAAUUGACCAUGAGUAUCGAAAAUUCAAUUUAAAUACCGUUGAUAACUGAUCAAUAUAGAAGUUUUUAUAGCUAGAAACGAGAGCCUCAAGGCUUCAUGAAAAGGUCUCUCACUUUAUUUGGUUACAUAAGUCGCGUUUUAGCAUGUCUUGAGAGAGUUUGAAUUUUCUUUAUCAAUAAACAAAAGUGUGUGAAAUUAGUAAAUCCUUAGACAUUCUUAACUAUAUAAAUCAUCGUCA